AUGGACCUGAGAAGAAUACGUAAGGAAUUCACGAGUGUCAAGAGUCGACUUGACAAGUCCCGCCCAUUCGCCAGAUUCCAACCGUUGGUCUUUGUGGCUUUGGCGAUUCUCUGCCUCCCGUUGUCGACGGCCCUGCUGUUCAUCAAUUACCUGUAUAUACUCCUAUUCGGCCGGGGACGAUCCAGAAAGUCAAAAGCGACGCCUGCAAGGACAAUCCUGCUGAGUGGCAUCAACACGGCCCAAGGACUGAAACUCGCCAGGGCGUUCCACCAAAAUGGACACAAAGUGGUCGGCGUCGAUUACGAACCAAUGUGCUUUCCCAUCCACGUCCGUUUCUCCAGCGCCUUGACGCGCUUCUACCGCCUCCGCCCGGUGCCAGAACAGCGACGAGCUCCCGCGUACAUCCGAACACUGAACUACAUCAUCGAGCAAGAAACCGUCGACGUCUGGAUCGACUGCACCACCGGGGUUGACCCCACUGUAGAAGGCCACGCCCGAACCGUGAUCGAGCAGACGACAAGCUGCCGGUGCUUCGCUCUUCGCAUGGACGACAUAGCUCAUUUCGCGUCGCGAGACUCCUGCUUGGCGUGGCUCAGAAGUAUGGAUCUGCCCGUUCCCGAAAUCCACAGCAUCAAAUCCCGAGACGAAGUGCACCAUGUGCUGAACAAGUCGCGCGGCUCACGACGGUACAUGCUCUACAGUCCCGGACACGGGCCAGCAGGAGUCGAAGUCAGCUCUAUGAGGACGCUUCUCCCUCGUCGAACGCUGAGCCAGACUUACCACGCGCUAUCCCUUGUGCCCAUCCAAAAGACCAGCUCGGAGCUUUGGAGACUCGAGCAGAUCACGGAGGGACUGCCCAGAUACUCGGCGUUUGCGGUCGUCGUUCGAGGACGUGUCACCGCCUUCUCUGCAAGUAGACAGAGAGGCCAGGCUUAUCUCGAACCAAUCGACGCCACAGCCGCCUUUGGACACGGGUUGCUUCGCAUCGUGCAGACUUUCGCAAAGCACCAGGGCGACGAUUUCACGACACACAUUGGAUUCGACUGUUGCGUCGACGAGCAACUCACGGACGGCGGGAUAGUGCAGAAGAUUCUGAUCCUCGGCACCUCAGUCCAGUCUUUGGCCAGUGUGUUAUCGUUCCAAGGACCGUUCGCCACGGAUUCAUUAUGCCGCGCCUACUUAUCCUGUCUCUCCGACGAUGUGGAUGACAAGAAUACGCGCAUUGAGACAUUGCAAAACAGCUCCACUGCCCCAGGGAUACAGGCUGUCUCGGCCCCCGAAGUUGUGACGCCAAACCCCUCGUCGGCUCCGGUCUACUGCUUUGGCCAAGACCUGUUGAAGCUCGGAUACGAACCACUGUUGAGUUGGAUGAGUUUGAAAUCCGCGUGUACAUUUGCGCAUGUUGUGCAGAGCUGGCUCUCUUUCCUGAAACACUUGGUGUUCUGCCAGGACGAUAUCUAUGACAUUUACGACCCGUUGCCCUUUUGGUGGUCAUACCAGGUCUACGUCCCGCUGCGGCUUCUGACUGCCACCUUUAGAGGUGAGAUUGAACGCGACCUGUGCGGUACGAGGCGUGUUUGUGACUAUGUGAAUGAGGGUGAAAAUGGACUUGCAAAAGAGGCCCCAACGAUGUGA